AUGAUAACUUUUCUGUCUAUCACUUUUUCCAUUCUAAUAAUGGUUAUAUUUUUUAUUGGAAAUUUUGCUAAUGGCUUCAUAGCAUUGGUAAAUUCCAUUGAGUGGGUCAAGAGACAAAAGAUCUCCUUUGCUGACCAAAUUCUCACUGCUCUGGCUGUCUCCAGAGUUGGUUUUCUCUGGGUAUUAUUACUACAUUGGUGUGCAACUGAGUUUAAUCUAGCUUUUUAUAGUGAAGAAGUAAGAAUCACUACUUAUAAUGUCUGGGUAGUAACCAACCAUUUCAGCAACUGGCUUGCUACUAGCCUCAGCAUGUUUUAUUUGCUCAAGAUUGCCACUUUCUCCAACCUGAUUUUUCUUCACUUAAAGAGGAAAGUUAAGAGUGUCAUUCUGGUGACACUGUUGGGGCCUUUGCUAUUUUUGGUUUGUCAUCUUUUUGUGAUGAACAUGAAUCAGAUUGUGUGGAGAAAAGAAUAUGAAGGAAACUUUACUUGGAGGAUCAAAUUGAGGAGUGCAAUGUACCUUUCAAAUGUGACUGUAGGCAUGCUAGCAAACCUUAUACCCUUCACUCUGACCGUGAUAUCUUUUCUGCUGUUAAUCUUUUCUCUGUGUAAACAUCUCAAGAAGAUGCAGGUCCAUGGCAAAGGAUCUCAAGAUCCCAGCACCAAGGUCCACAUAAAAGCUUUGCAAACUGUGACCUCCUUUCUCCUGUUAUGUGCCAUUUACUUUCUGUCCAUGAUCCUAUCAGUUUGGAAUUUUAAGCUGGAAAGGAAACCUGUCUUCAUGUUCUACCAAGCUAUCAUAUUCAGCUAUCCUUCAACCCACCCAUUCAUCCUGAUUUGGGGAAACAAGAAGCUAAAGCAGAUUUUUCUUUCAGUUUUGUGGAAUGUGAGGUACUGGGUGAAAGGACAGAAGCCUUCAUCUCCAUAGAUUCACAAGAGAGGCAUUGUGUGUCUUCUAGCAGAAAACAAACUGGUGGUGUAUGAAACAUUUUCUAUUUCUUACUGGGUUUUCUGUAAUGUAUGUGUAUGAAUAAUUUCCAAAUGUAUACCUAGAAAAGUCUUUUACCUAAUGUUAGUCUAGGAAAGUAUAUAUGUGUGUGUGUGCAUAUUUAUGUGUGUAUG